GGAGAUGAGGCGCAGGCUCUGGACGGCAGGCGCCGGGGCCGUCGGUAGAUGGCGGUAACCCAAGAAACCUGAUCCACCGGGCUCUCGGGCACUCCGUCUCAGUUUGCAGCACUCGCAUUGAAGGCAGAGGAGCCGAACAGUUUGAAGGACAUCAAAAAGAAACAGGAGCGCACACGGCGGGUCCUCUCGAGUUUUUGCGCGCAGCCCUCCCGAGCCGGAGACGCACCGCUUUGUCUCAGAGGAAGACGGGAAAACUCACAACACCAUGGAAGACAAAUCUAAUUCGUUCUCCAGCAACAAGGAGGAGAAGGCGGAUGGGAAUAAUGUUUUUCAGAGGCAAGACUCGAUACAGAAAAAUAACACGGGGAGCCAGAACAUGAAGGACCAUGGCAACUCAGUGGGCUUCAAGGGGGAGCGGGAAGAGGCCAUGGUCGGUUUUGACGAUCUGGAGGGGGCGUCCAGGCAAUAUGGUUUUAUGCAGAGGCAAUUUGGGGCCAUGAUGCAGCCCGGAGUCAAUAAGUUCUCCUUGCGUAUGUUCGGCAGUCAGAAAGCCGUGGAGAAAGAGCAAGAAAGGGUUCAAACGGCCGGAUACUGGAUCAUUCACCCAUAUAGCGAUUUUAGGUUCUACUGGGACUUGAUAAUGCUCAUCAUGAUGAUGGGGAAUCUAAUCAUCAUUCCUGUGGGAAUAACCUUCUUCUCAGAGCAGACUACCACCACCUGGCUGGUCUUCAAUGUGGCUUCGGACACCAUCUUCCUGGUGGACCUGGUCAUGAACUUCAGAACGGGGAUUGUCAAUGAGGAGAGCUCCGAGAUCAUCCUCGAUCCCAAGGUCAUCAAGAUGAAUUACCUGAAGAGCUGGUUCGUCGUGGACUUCCUCUCCUCCAUUCCAGUGGAUUAUAUCUUUUUAAUAGUGGAGAAAGGCUUUGACUCUGAGGUUUAUAAAACAGCCCGUGCUCUGCGAAUCGUCCGCUUCACCAAGAUCCUCAGUCUUCUGCGCCUGUUGAGAUUGUCCCGGCUCAUCAGAUACAUACAUCAGUGGGAGGAGAUUUUCCAUAUGACCUAUGACCUGGCUAGUGCUGUGGUAAGAAUAUUUAAUUUGAUAGGGAUGAUGCUGCUCCUGUGCCACUGGGAUGGCUGUCUACAGUAUCUGGUGCCUCUCCUCCAAGACUUCCCCCCUGACUGCUGGGUGUCCCUAAAUGGUAUGGUUAACGUUUCCUGGGGUAAGCAGUACUCUUACGCCCUCUUCAAAGCCAUGAGCCACAUGCUGUGCAUCGGGUACGGCGCCAGGGCGCCCGUCAGCAUGUCUGACCUGUGGAUCACUAUGCUGAGCAUGAUUGUCGGCGCCACGUGCUACGCUAUGUUUGUGGGCCACGCUACGGCUCUAAUCCAGUCGCUGGACUCCUCGCGCAGGCAGUACCAAGAAAAGUACAAGCAAGUGGAGCAAUACAUGUCCUUCCACAAGCUUCCGGCGGACAUGCGGCAGAAAAUCCACGACUACUACGAACACCGCUACCAAGGCAAGAUCUUCGAUGAGGACAACAUCCUGAGCGAACUCAACGACCCGCUCAAAGAGGAAAUCGUGAACUUCAACUGCCGUAAGCUUGUGGCGACCAUGCCCCUGUUUGCCAACGCCGACCCCAACUUCGUGACGGGGAUGCUGAGCAAGCUGAAGUUUGAGGUCUUUCAACCCAACGACUACAUCAUCAGAGAAGGCACCGUCGGGAAGAAGAUGUACUUCAUUCAGCAUGGCGUCGCCAGCGUGAUCACCAAGUUCAACAAGGAGAUGAAGCUGACUGACGGAUCCUACUUUGGGGAGAUCUGUCUGCUCACCAAGGGCAGACGGACGGCGAGCGUGCGCGCAGACACCUACUGCCGGCUCUUCUCCCUCUCCGUCGACCACUUUAAUGAGGUGCUAGAGGAGUACCCCAUGAUGCGGCGCGCCUUCGAAACCGUCGCCAUCGACCGACUGGACCGCAUCGGGAAGAAGAACUCAUUGCUGCUGCAGAAGUUCCAGAAGGACCUGAACGCCGGCGUUUUCAACACGCAGGAGAACGAGAUAUUGAAGCAGAUUAUCCGCCAGGACAGGGAGAUGGUGAUGAUGGUGGACCGCAAGCAGUCAGUCACCGGGAUGAACUCAACUCCCAUGUCAGGAAACUCAAUCAUUAACUCGCCCGCCCAGCCGCCCUUCUCCACUGCCUUUGGCACCAAUCAGCUGCAGCAGUCCUCAGUUCCCAUGACCUACAGUGCUUCGGCUAUCGCCAACGCCUCCGCCGCCCGCAUGCUGCCGGCGGCCGCCGCCGCCGCCGCCGCGGCCCAGGGGAUGUACCCGGCCCCCAGCAUGUCCCACGGCAACCUCAAUUCCUCCUCGACCAACCCACAGACCCCGCUGCAGCAGCAGGGGGCGAUCAUGUCGCCCUGCUCCUUCACGGCCGCCAUAUGCAGCCCGCCCGUGCAAACCCCUUUAGCUAACCGGAGCUUCCAGUACGGCUCGCCCACGGCCUCCCAGCUGUCGCUCAUCCAGCAGCCCAUCGCCCAGCCGUCCCUACCCGCACAGCAGCAGCAGCAGCUCGCUCAGCAGCCCGCCGGGGCGGCUGCAGCUGCAGCCUCUGCAUCGCAGCAGCCGCAGCAACAGCAGCAGCCGCAGUCGCAGCAGCAGCAGCAGCAGCAGCAGCAGCCAUCGCCUCAGCAGCAGCAGCAGCAGCAGCAGGUCCCUUCGCCUCAGCGAGGAGACAUCCACAAGAGCACGCAGGCCCUGCAGUCGGGCAGCUUGAGUAGAGAUGUCCGACACCUAUCGGCCUCCCAACCGUCACUGCCACACGACACGUCCCUGGGGCCCAGAGCGCACCCGGCCUCGGGAGACUCUCUGGCCUCCAUCGUGCCGCCGACGGCAGCGGCGGCGAUCCAGGGAAUGGGUCUACAGAGCGGCCUCCGCACUACGGUGCCCCAGCGGGUCAAUUUGUUCCGUCAGAUGUCGUCGGGAGCCCUGCCCCCGGUGCGUUCGGCCGCGGCGGCCGCGGCCGCUGCGGCAGCGGUGGCGGCGGCGUCAUCAUCAUCAUCGUCCUCAGCUCAGCACAGGGAAUCCCCCGGAUCGAGGAGAGAUUCUGUCCUGAGCAGUACAGAGACUGAACAAGACAAAAUGCGUUUUGCAUCAAAUUUAUGAUCCCAUUUUUAUCUUUUCUUUUUUUUUAACUCAAAUGUUUCACUUCAUUUUUGAGAAUGGAGAUCAAACUAAAAGAGGUAAAAAUGAGGAACUUCAGCAUUUUUUUUUGUUUUGUUUCUCUAUGAUUAUCUUCUAAAGUAACCUCAUAGAAAUCCUGUGUAUAUAAGCCCUUGUAUUAUAUUUUAGACAAUUUUGUCUCCCUAAACUUAAGAAUGUAUAUUAUACGGAUUAUACAGAUACAUCUCACAUCUCUUUUCUUUGACGGACCAUAUAUAUAUAUAUAUAUAUAUAUAUAUGACUGAAUGAUACAUUGAUCAUUGAUACAUGAGUGUGUGUGGGUGUGUGAGGUGUGUGUAUGCAUGUGACCACGUGUGUAAAAAUCCACCUACAAUAUUGGCAAUGGCAAUUUAAAGCUGUAGUAUAAACGAGUCUUCCUUUCUGAGAAAUAUAAAGAAUUAUAUAUAGUGUAUGAUGGAUUUUUUUUUUAUUUUAAUUUUUUGUUCUUUCAAUUUUUGUUUUGUUUUUUUAAAACUGGAAUGCUUUAUAAAUUC